CCCGGGUCGGCGCGCGGGGGAACGGCGGCUGAGGCUGGCAAUGGUGCUGGAGACUCUGGCCCGCAUCGUCAAGGUCCAGCUGCCCGCCUACCUCAAGCGCCUGCCGCUGCCCGAGAGCGUCGGCGGCUUCAUCCGCCUCACAGUUUCAGAAUGGUUGCGGUUACUGCCUUUCCUGGGCGUGCUGGCCUUGCUCGGUUACCUUGCUGUUCGUCCCUUCCUCCCCAAGAAGAAACAGCAGAAGGAUAGCUUGAUUAACCUCAAGAUCCAGAAGGAAAAUCCCAAAGUAGUGAAUGAGAUAAACAUUGAAGAUCUGUGCCUCACUAAAGCUUACUGCAGGUGUUGGCGUUCAAAGACGUUCCCUGUCUGUGAUGGCUCCCACAACAAGCACAAUGAAUUAACGGGAGAUAAUGUAGGUCCACUAAUACUCAAGAAGAAAGAAGUAUAGCAGAUGCUUAAUCUAGAUUAUGACUGAUAAAAAGUCUUUUAUACUGUUGUAGUUGCAAUGGACAGCAUUUUACUAUGUGAUUGAUAUGAUUUAGUUUUAUGAUUGCUGUAGAUUUCCUUUUGGAAUAAACUGCAUUUGCACAGUGAUGAAUUUGUCACUGUUUUGGUACCUUAUUCUGAGAAGAAUUUUGCCUGCUUUGUAAAACUGUAAAGUACCUAUCUCUGUAAAUAAGUCGUUUAUUUCAAGAAUAAAUUGACUUUCUACAACUAA